AUGUUUGCGUCCGACUCCAUCAUCUUUCUGGUGAGGACCGCCCUCUUCCACAUUGUCUUGAAAGUUCGACACGUGCUGACGCUAGGCGAUACGCAGACAUCUUCCUACACAUCGUUCACGUACGAGGUUUUGUAUCUGUUACUGGAAGUAGACCCGCUCUCAUUUGUUGAUCGUAGACACUGGGCUUCCCGCCUGAGCAGACUACCCUCGGUUGUGAUAAUGGUGGGUGUCUGUCUUGGCUGCGUGAUCCAUUUCAUCUUCACGCGCUAUCGCGAUUGCUGAAGAAAUACGGCCUACUGAUCCCAGAAGAAAGACUCCUCCCGAUGGCUUACGCUCAGCGUUUUUCUCUGCGGCUUUUCCUCCUGGCCUGAACAUCGUUUCCAUGGAUCGUUCCAAUUCCAGAGACCGCGGCAGGAGUUUUGACCGAUAUUGGCCUCCUUCUGGUUUUUGUCCAGGGCAACAAUCAUCUUCUGGACGUCUAUUGUAAGUUAUGUCCUUGAAUCGUCGGCAAAUGCAAACGGCAGCUGACAGGACUUUCCCAGCAAGACAAGCCAGCUCCGUCAUCACCAUCAACAUUGCGCUGCGUUCGCUCUUUGCAGCAGGCUUCAGCGUCUUCGCAAAAUACAUGUAUCAGCGCUUACCACCGCACUGGACGCUCACGACUUUUGGAGUCAUCGCUGUCGUCCGUAUGCGGAUCCCAAUUGCCUUCCAUCGAUUCAGCGUCAAAUUACGAGCCAUGAGUAAAUGGACUCCCAAAUUGCCUUCUACCUCCGGAAGUGCCCCUGUCGGAGGGUUCCAGAGCGACAAACCUAAUGAGAUGAACGUGCGAUAUGUACAACAAGAGAUGUAUCAUAGGAAAAGUUCCGUGCUUCGACUGAUUCUAUGUAGGAUGAUUAUGUUGACCGAAUGUACAACAGAAUACUCUCACUACCGAUGAAUCUGUUUGAAGCCGAGGAGGCUGCAGCGGUAUUAACGGACAGAUUGCGCAAAGCCAAGCCUUCAUUUAUUUUCAGCCACAAAGGGCAAGGCUUCAUCUCAGCGAUGACAAAAGCUGAAGGCUAUUCCAUCGCGUGCUAG